CUUCAGCAAUCAAACACGAUAAAAGCAGCAAUCACCAUCCUUGGAGCUGCUUCCACCAAAGUCCCUCGAGAGCGUAGCUGGAAGCCACCGUAACCCUGUGACAAAGCACUCCCAUCUUUUGUCAUCCUGAGCUUCUGCUGGAUAGCUCAGUCAGAUACCCAAGCCUGGUCUCAGAGACAAUAAAAAUGUGUUAAGAAAUAGUAACAAGAGCCUCAAUCCACAAGAAGGGCCACAGUGAGGGCAGCUGGAUGCAAAGGAGGCACUAGUAUUUGCCAGCGGUCAUGGCUUUCAGUAAGGCGUCGUUGGCCUUAUUAUUGCUUGUAUUCGUCUCAAACUGCCAGCGCAACGAGGCGCAGCUUCUAGCGAACAUCAAAAGUUUCCUUGGCAACGUUCCGACCUUCGGCUCGAAAGAUGUUCCAAAGUUCAGCACAGACGGACAGCGGGUCUACGUGAGCGUGCCAGCACCCAGCAACGUCAACUUUGGCACGGUGGAUCCCCAGACUGGCACAUGGGCGUACACAGACAAGAGCUUGGGCGCUGGAGUUGAAGUUGGCCCCAAUGGAGCCAGUAUCCUCUCGCGCAACCCCACCCAGGGCGUGGAUGACUUCUCUCAAGCAGCGCGCAUCGGCCCAGACGGUGUGGUCCUGGGACCAGACAAGGCCAGCGCAGAGGUGAAUCGUGCGGCGGACCAGGCACUCGGCAAUUUUGGCGUCAAGAAUCUCAAGAUCAACCCCGAUGGGAUCAUGAUCAAUGACGGCAACCGCCUCAACUCCUCUGUCACUGUAAACAACCAGGGCAUCCAGCUGCAGGGCAAUCCCACAGGUGGGGGCGAGAGCCACCUGUUCAUAAAGCCAAACCUGCGGGUGGGCAAUGACCAGAUUGCCGGGGCAGCCGCGCCCGCCAAGCAGCCCAGCAACGUGCAGAUCAGCGUCGGGGACGGCAAAAGCACCGCCACUGAGCAGCUGCAGGGGUACACAAACUACCAGCUGGACCCUAACAAAGGUACGUACAGCCAGGUGGGAGGGAACACCGCGCCGCCCUUCAUGGGCCUGGACCCUAACGGCAAACCAUACACUUCAUUCGCGCGCGCCCCCGCCCCCGGCCCGGCCGCCGCCCGUGUUGCCGCUAGCGCCGCAGCCGCCACGCAGCAAGGGCUCCUGCCGCAGAACGCUGCCCAGGGCGCAGGAGCGGCUCCUGUAUAUGCUCCGGUGCAGAACCAGGCGCCCGCGCCGCGAGUGCAGCUGGUGACUGACAAACCGCUGCCCCGGCAGUACCAGUACGGGGGGGACCUCGUCCGCGGGACCCCCCAGUCCGCGAACGCCUACGUCCAGCAGGCGUGCCUCGCCCCCUGGAUUAUAAUUCAGGAUUUGGGGUUUUUGCUUAGGAAUAUCAUGGACCCUAAGGUGGUGAACAGGGAUCCUGCAGGGCCGACCCCUGCAAACAAUCUACAGCCGCAGCAGACAAGCAAUGCGCAGUGGCAGGCCGGGAGCAACGACGCGCCAGUGGCGGCCCCGGCACAAGCCGCGGCGGCCUGGGGUGACGUCAGCAGUGACGUCAGCGGCAGCAAUGGUGACGUCAUGUCCUUCCAGCAGUUGGGCAUGAUGGCUCCGGCAGUGCAACCGGAGGCGGAUGCGGGCAGCCUUGGCUAUGCAGAAGGCCCAAUGAGCGCAGAGCAGCUGGCCUCGCUGGACAUUAACAGCUUCAAGAAGAAGAAGAAGAAGCACCACCCCUCGACAACGCCCCACAAGCACUCCAAGGCCCCCUCCAAGCAUGCCGAGCUCGCGCCCAGCGGUCCAGUCAACCCGGCUGCCCAGACUUCUGCCCAGCAGCCUGCCCAGACCUCUGCCCAGCAACCUGCCCAGUCGGGCAGCGGGCAGCAAAUCACCAUGACUCAGGCAACCCCCAGCUCCGCAAACCCGGCGGCUGCGGCGACCAAGGCGAGAAAUCAGGCCCCGGCCGCGGCCAUCGCAGCUUCGUUUGCUGCGCCAACGCCCCAGGAGACAGCCGCCAUCGCCAGCCGCCUCAAGGAGGUGCUUGGGGGCAGCGAGGCCGACACCGUGGGGGCAGGAGGGGACAGCUCGUUCCAGAGCAGCGGCUCCAAUUCGAGCGGCGGCGGCCCCGCGGCGGCGACACCGGCCGGGGACGGCGCUCCGGCGGCGGCUGCGGCCGUGCAGCGCGCAUCAGACGCCGUCAAACAGCUGCAGCAGAGCACCGCCAACCUUGGCCGGCGGCUGCUGCGCGCCUGA